CAACUCUCCGGGAAGAUGGCGGCCCUGUCGGUGUCCGGCAUUACCAGAAAAGGCUUCACGUGGCUAAUCUCCAGGGCGCCACGCAGAGCAUUUUGGUCUCCAUCCAGAAAAGAAAAAGAACCAGUGGUAACUGAGACAGUAGAAGAGAAGAAAGAACCUAUCCUGAUGUGUCCACCCUUACGAAGCCGAACAUAUAUACCACCUGAAGAUCUCCAGAAUCAUUUGGAGUCUUGUGUUAAGGAAGUUUUUGGUUCAUCUCUUUCCACUAAUUGGCAGGACAUCUCCUUGGAAGAUGUUCAUCAGAAAUUCAGUCUCUUGGCACAUUUAGCUGAUGACUUAGGCCAUGCAGUGCCUAACUCCAAGCUUCACCAAAUGUGUAGAGUAAAGGAUGUUCUUGACUUCUACAGUAUCCCUGUUCAAGACAGAUCUAAAUUUGAUGAACUUAAUGCCAGUAAUCUGCCUCCAAAUUUGAAAAUCACUUGGAAUUACUGAGCAAUUCAGAAGAGAAAUACAAUGAAAUAAUUUCUUUCCCUGAGCACAAAGGUUGCUUAUUAGACCUUUCGAUACUUUACCAGGUGAAA